CCUUGAGCCGGUCCUGGGAAUAACCGCUGACGCGGCCACUCGUCGAGACGUAUACGGUGAUUGGGAGGGGGGGAUACGUCACCUCUUCAAAUCGUACCGUUUGCACGCUGCCGACAACCCGUUGACCAGUCGUCGUGUGCCCACCAAUUCUGCUGAUCAUCGUCUUCGUCGUUAUUCCGGGUGACAGUCGGCGGAUUCCGGAGGGGUUUUCGCGCGAGACCGACGGCGCAGUGUUACCGCGGCGCGGGAUUCGAAGACGGUUCACCGGCUUGACCACGUCUCGCCGCCAUACCGUGUUCCCGUAAUCAAUAAAACGUGUCCCGGGACAACGUGAUAACAGCCACUAUUCGAACACGACUGACUUUCCGUUAUUCAUAACAAUUUUUUCCUUUUUCUUUCCCUCUCCCCCUUAUCAUUAGACUAGACUCAGAUCUUUUAUCCCGAACGAUUGACAAUAUCCGUUUCCAGUCGUUAUUCGGUUUUUCAGUUUUUCCUUUUUUUUUUCUCUAUAAUUUCGUAAGCGAGACUGUUUCAAUGCACAUCGGCCCACCUCCUAAAUAAUACAAUCCCUAAAUGCUACUAUCUACUAUGCGUUCACUCAGAUACAUUCCAGCCGCACGUUUGUUUGGUGCGAUCGUCGCCUUCAACGUUUUGAUAUUAAUUGUAAUUGCUGAAAAUGAAAACAUCACUAUAAAUAAAUACAAAUCAUUGGACUACGAUAAUUCAUCUGCUUUAUUUAUGCAUCAAACUGGCAAAAAUACUUCACCAAAAACAUAUAACUAUAAACGCAGAUGGAAAAAUAUUUUAAAUGAAAUCAAUACAUGUAAUAAAGAUAUAAUUUAUAAUGAAAUACAUUCUAAUGAUGAUAUCGAUAAUAGAAAUUUAUUAAAAAUAGAAAAAAAUCUUAAAACUAGUACUUAUAAUUCAAGUUCCCAAUUGGUAACCAAAGAUAGUUUAAUUGAAGAUAUUAUUAUUAAAACUAAUGAUAUAGACCAAGGUGAACUUAAAGAAAACCAAACUCUAUCUGUUAAUGUAAUCACAACAGUUCGUAAUGUUACUAUAAAUGAAGAUAUUCCUUCUUUUAGAGAGUGGACUAAAAAACAAUUGGAGGAAGCAGAAAAACAACCAGCUUCAAAUGAAACUAAAAAGAAGCAUGAUAAAAAAGUAUUAAAAAAAAAUUAUGCAUCACCUGUGUGUGGUGCUAAAGUAGUUUCAACUAAUCCUGAAGCAAAAUAUCCACGAUUAUUGUUAACAAAAUCAACUGAUGAAUAUUUAUUAAAUUUAUGUAAAAGCACUACUUGGUUUGUUGUGGAAUUAUGUGAAGCAAUACAAGUGAAAAAGAUCCAAUUAGCUAAUUUUGAACUGUUUUCAUCGACACCAAAAGAGUUUUCAGUAUAUGUUGCAUCUCGAUUAAAUGCACGAGUGUGGACACCAAUUGCUAAAUUGGUGGCCGAAGAUGUACGAGUAUUACAGACAUUUAAUUUAAAUACAACAGAUGAUAUUGAAUUUAACAAAUAUAUCAAAGUUGAAAUACAUUCACACUAUGGGAAAGAACACUAUUGUCCAAUAUCUGUAUUUCAUGCCUAUGGACUGUCAGAAAUUGAGGUGUUGGAAAGAUCUGAUGAAAAUGGGUUGGAAAGUAACACUGCUGAAAAUGAAGAUGCAGAUUAUUAUGAUGUGAUGAAUGAAAAUAUUCAAAAUAAUCAAAACAAAUCAGGGGAUAAUAAAAAUACACUAUUUGGAAGUGCUCAUGCUGCAGUAAUGACAAUUGUAAAAAUUGCUACUGAUGCAUUAGAUAUAAGACAAAAAGAGACUGAUCAUUUUUUCAAUGAUACAUUGACAAAUACUGUUCAUAAUCAAACAGUACAUGUAGAACAAUCCAAAUGUUUUACUCCAGGAUACAUUAUGGUCUGCCAUAAUUGUAAUGAUAAUUUUUAUAAAAAGAUGUUUGACACAAUGAGUUGUGAAGCUGAUAUUUUAACUAAGAUGUAUCAAAAUAAGUAUAUUCAUGAUACAGUAAUGAACAGUGAUAUAUGCGUAGAGUAUGGGUUAAAUUUUUCAACUGUUAAAAAUAAAUCUUGUUGGAAGAUCUCAUUAAAUAGCAAUUUGAGGAAAAAAUUUGUCCUAUCAAUAUUUCCUCGUGUAAGAAUGGCAGCUUUAUGUAAUACUUUAGCUAUUGUGCACAAAAAAAUUGUAUUAAAUAAAGCAAAACGAGUUUACAUCAGUGAUGAUUUGAUAAUAAAUUUACAAACAGCAAUUCCAGAUGUAAAUGAACAAACUUCUAAUGAUAGUACUACGGAUCUCCAUCAAAGAAAUGAUACAUCUAAUUCCAACAUACCCAUUGAUAAUAAAUCGUUAGAUUUGUCUAGUUACAUUGAGCCUUUUGUAUCUCAGAUAUUGCCCACCAAAACUUAUUCUAGUACUGAUGAAGAGACAGAUUCUUCAAAGAAAUAUCGAAUAAAAGAAUCAGCAAUAAUAAAUAAUGAAAAUACAACACACACAUCAUUUUUUGAACCUAAUUCAACAAAACAUGUUUCUUUACAAAGUUCCUCACAAUUUAUAACUAGUAAUAUUGAUGAAAAACUGGAGUCUAAAAUCCAGAAUACUUUGGAAACAAAUUAUACUAAUAAAGCAAAAGUAGUUGAACAUCCAUCAGAUACAUUUGAUAGUUUUUUUAAAGAAUUUGAGGUUGAAGAACAAGAGACUAACAAGUGUAAUUCUGCAACAAUACAGUCAACUAUACAACCAUCAAUCCAAUCACAAAAUACUAAGCAAUCUUUAUUCAUUCGCUUAGCAAACCGUAUUAAAGAUUUAGAACAAAAUAUGUCUCUCAGUGGUGAAUAUUUACAAGAGCUAAGUACUCGUUAUAAAAAACAAGUUGAUGACAUGCAACGUACUAUUUUAGAGUUGGUCGAAGAAAAUAGACUAAAAAGAGAACAUGAUCUUAAAAUUCUUGACGAGAUGAAAGUUCUUAGUGAUCAAGUGGUUUCUCUUCAAAAUUCACUUCAAAAUCUCAAAACUGAGACAGAAAAUUUAAACUUGGUUAUUAUUUACAUUUUUUUUUCUUUUCUCUUAUUCUUCCUGAAAGCAAUCCCAUUUAAGUUGGAAUAUUUUGCCUUUUUAUUUUGCUUAUUGUAG